GUUGUGUGAGGGGCCGAAUCCCAAACGGCCUCCGCGCUGCUCCUGCUGCCGCCGGGGUCUGGAGCCGGGCCUGGGGGCGCGGCGCCGAGCUGCGGCCUCCCCCGCUCCCUGCCACCGCUCCGGCCUCGUUGCGCCCCGGCUGGCCGCGCAGCUUCUCCCCUCCGGCGCGUUUCGCCUUCCCGUUCCCUUCACUCAGGCCCAUCUCUCCCCUCCGAGCCCCCCGCCUCGGCCAAGACCGGUGUUCCCCUUAGCCCCGCCGCUGCCCGGGGUGCCCUCGGCCGAGCCAUGUCGCUGCACGGGAAGCGGAAGGAGAUCUACAAAUAUGAGGCGCCCUGGACCGUGUACGCCAUGAACUGGAGCGUCCGGCCGGACAAGCGGUUCCGUCUGGCGCUGGGCAGCUUCGUGGAGGAGUAUAACAACAAGGUGCAGCUUGUUGGUUUGGAUGAAGAGAGCUCAGAAUUCAUUUGCAGGAACACCUUUGAUCACCCUUACCCUACCACAAAGCUAAUGUGGAUUCCAGACACCAAGGGAGUGUAUCCAGACCUGUUGGCAACCAGCGGUGACUAUCUGCGAGUGUGGAGGGUGGGUGAAACAGAGACCAGGCUGGAGUGUUUGCUGAACAACAACAAGAACUCUGACUUCUGUGCUCCAUUAACAUCAUUUGACUGGAAUGAAGUGGAUCCUUAUCUUCUAGGUACCUCUAGUAUUGACACAACCUGCACUAUUUGGGGUCUGGAGACAGGACAGGUUCUGGGAAGGGUAAAUCUGGUCUCUGGCCAUGUGAAGACCCAACUUAUUGCACACGACAAAGAGGUGUACGACAUCGCCUUCAGCCGCGCAGGUGGUGGCAGAGAUAUGUUCGCUUCAGUGGGUGCAGAUGGCUCGGUGAGGAUGUUUGAUCUUCGUCAUCUGGAGCACAGCACCAUCAUCUACGAGGACCCACAGCACCAUCCACUGCUGCGUCUCUGCUGGAACAAGCAGGAUCCCAACUAUCUCGCUACGAUGGCCAUGGAUGGCAUGGAGGUUGUGAUUCUAGAUGUCAGAGUUCCCUGCACUCCUGUUGCCAGGUUAAACAACCACAGAGCCUGUGUAAAUGGAAUUGCUUGGGCACCUCAUUCUUCCUGCCACAUUUGUACAGCAGCUGAUGACCAUCAGGCUCUCAUCUGGGAUAUCCAGCAAAUGCCCCGUGCCAUUGAGGACCCUAUCUUGGCCUAUACAGCAGAGGGAGAAAUCAACAAUGUACAGUGGGCAUCAACUCAGCCAGACUGGAUAGCUAUCUGCUACAACAACUGCCUGGAGAUUUUGAGAGUCUAACAUUACUGCUUCGUGCCACCCUGAGGCAGGGCUGUAUAAUUUCCCCUCCCCUCUAAAGUAAGAACAACACAAGUGGCCAGUAUCUGUUGUUGCUUUGCAUCUACUGUUACAAGAAACUGUUACAAGAAUCAAUGGCAGGUGUCUCCUGUCUCCAAGACUCUAAAAUGCAGAGACGUGCUGAGCCUCUUGGACCUUCUGGGUUCUGAUUUCCUUUGUUGUUUUGGUUAUUUUUUUCCCCCCUCAGUUGAAGUUCUGUAUAUUUGUUGACUGUAUUAAUAAGCUUCAGGCUUUUCAGUUGCUGCAUAUGUCCAUGUGUUUGUCAGCCAGCUGAGGCAGCACAUCAACUAGUUUAAUAGAUGCAGGUGCAAAACAAGGUGGGGGAAGACGGUGACGUUAACAGCCACCUUGGCAGGAAUCUUUAUCAUUCCUGUUGUUGCUGCCUCUAAACUGUUGAAACAUUUGUAUGUUUUUUAUAUAUUAGGCUAACUUUCUAUUGAGUAAGGUUUUUCUCCCUGAUUCUUACUUUUGAUAUGUGAUCCACUUCCAUAUGCCCAAAGCAGGAUCUAACCAUCCAUACAGAUCACAGUACAGUAACACUGCAGGCUCCCUGGCAGUAAAGGCCUGCCAGAAUUAACUGUUGCCUUGGCUCUCUUCUAUUCCUGGUUACCUGGGCAGAAUUCUCUGGUGCUGUGAAGUACAAGUACUUGUUGCACAAUUCCUUUACCCUUUUCUGAUGCUAGAGGCAGUUGUUACUAUGGUAGGCCUUAUUUUUCAAGUCUGACUGAAUUUGUGUGUCUCCUGCAGCUGUGUUAGCUAACAGAAUGGUGAUAGGCUUCAGAAAGAAGAUACAUGCAUGACUUAAGCUCCCAGGAGGUAAACAACUCCUGGAGAGAAAAAAAAAAGUGAUUUGUAAUGGACUUGGCAUUGAUGCUUCCAAACAAAUGAUUUCCCCUCGGAAAACCUACUAUCUAAACCAAAAUAAAAUGGUUUCACACUUUGUAGCUUGCUUGAUUGGCAAAUAAUGUGAGCAAGAGUCUUGUGGUUAGCCUGUACCUUGGAGCUUCCCUGCAUUUGGCCUGUGUUACUGGAAGUUCUGCAGAGAAGUGCAAAGCAAUCUCUUUUUUUUUUCCCCCUUCCUUUUCUUUUUGUUUCCUCCCCCAAAAUGUAUUUGCUUUGUACUGUCAGGCCUUAUUGAAUGAGUGAGCUGAGUUGGAAAAGCUGGUCCUCCGUCCAAAUGAAAGCUGUUCCUCUGAAAGAAAUGAUUCCUUAGUGUAAUGCAUGAUGAUGGGUUUAAAAGGCAAGAAAUUGUGCCAUAGAGGCUAAGGUUCAGCACUUGUCAUCCUCCUAUCUCGAGGGGACGUGCCCAAGGGCUUCUGUUUGUCUCGAGCAGUGGAUCUGCAGUGAUACUUUUCAGUCAAAGCUGAGUGGAUUAGGCAAGAUAAAAAUCUCUGCUGAUAAGAUGGCUGAAUGCUCCCAAGUGAAGACAUGACAACCCUAGCUGGUCUGUAAGGAGCUACCAGCUGAGUUUUGAUGUGAACGUCAGAAACUAUCAAAAUUGUCUUUCCACCUAAUGAGUAUUCACCUGCAACUGGAGGCAGUGUUAUAAAUAGUAGGACACUGGCAAACUUGAGUCUUGUCAGUUUGUGCAGCAAAGGCAAGCUGGGAAAAGCGAUUACUGUGGAACAGUGAAGCUGCCACUGAGAGCACUGUCAAAUGCAGAACAGAACCUGCAAAGUCUUGUCAUUCUGGACAUCCAGAAAUACUCUCGUACAGGCUGCUGCUCAGCGUGGAGCUCAGAAAAGCACUGCCUUGUGAAGUUGAUAGGAAUUCAUUAGGGACAGCUUUAUUCCAUCACUCUAAUGUUCUAAUAUCAAGGAACUAAAAGACUCUUACCGUGGUUGGAGCUCAUCUUUUGUCAGUGAGGUUCUGAGCUCAGUUGUGGGAUUUUUGACAGCAAGCUUGAUUGAACUUGAAGGCUGGUUUUGCUUAUUAGCAGCAGUGCUGAGAGUAGAGCGUUCCACAGACAGGAUUGAUCUAGAUGGCAGAGCACUGUUAGCCAAACAAUUAGGUUCUCCCUUCCUGCAGUAGCACUUCAUCUCAAACUGGAAAAUACUUCACUGAAUGGAGUGAAAACAGGGAUUUUCUUAGCAGGGGCACAUGAUGGCACUCCCAGCUUCAGAUGGCCACACAAACACAUACACAAGCUUGUCAUGUAGUGUUUAGUUCCAAGUGGUAGGCGUCAUAUGCUGCGCUACUGAGAGGGAGCUAUCUGUAGCAUUUAGUACUUUUUGUAGACCCCUUUAUGCUUCCAAGUCUAGAUGGCCAGGAAAAGAGGAAUGCCUCUGUUGCUUGGCUUAAGAAUGCAUCUUUUGCAACUGUAGAAUUGUGCUUUAAAAGAGACAUAAGAUAAUUUAUUUGGAAGUGAAGUCACUAAAAGACUCCCUGGGCUGUGCUGAAUGGAAAAGCAGUUUAUUCCUAGAGGACUACAAUUUGUUACCUUAGGAUGAUGGGAAGAGAGCAUCUAUAAAGGGACUAAUAGUCUGAAUAGCUUUUGCUGCUGUUGAAAACCCAUCUUGCUGUGAAAGUGAAAGGAUCCAGUGCCAGUCCUUCCAUCCAUAAAACUGCUUGAAGUUCAUUUGUGGAAUUGAAUGUUCAUUCCAAACACAUCAAAGGCAAGUGAAGGAAUCCUGUAGGCUCCAGUGAGUCCUAAAUAAAGCCUAUAUCCUGUUUGUUCAGCCAGUUGGGGUUCCUUCUGGAUCUACAGCAUAUUGCUUUGGGCAUAAUCCAUUGUCAUUCUUCAUGUGAAAUUGCAUUUUAAAUCACUGGAGGCUGUUUUGAAACGGGGAAAUGCUCCCUAAAAUAGCUUCUUUUCAAAGAAAUCUCUUUAAAGGUUAAUGACUGAAAAGACAGGAAAAUCCUCAUGGGUGAGAUGUUCUGUAGUGCAAAUGGCACUCCCAUAUAGAGAAGGAAGUGAGAGACUUUGGUGCCCUUUUGCCAGCACCUGCUGACACCCUGGCAGGGAGCUAACGGUCUACUUUCUGGCUCAAGUUUAUUGGCAAGGUAAAAUAAACCCCUGAGGCUUGUCACUGUAGCCUCUGAAUUGGAAGGCAGUUUAUCAUACUUCACCUGCUUAACAGUCAGUUGAGUGUCACACCCCCAUAAGCAUUAUUUUGUCCCAUGUCCCAAAGUUUAUGAAAACAAAUACUUUGGGUUUCAGUUAUUUUUGUGCUUACUGCAUGAGCAGAGGUUGAAGAGCAGCUGCUUUGGAAAGCCUCAUAGCUCAAAUAACCUGAAGGGAAAGGUUAGCAAAGCAGAAAACCAGCAGAGAAGACUCCAUUCUGGGACAGAAAUCUUUUUCUCUGCCUGAAGUAGUUCUGUAGCAGCCUUCUUCAGUCAAUUAAUUCCAGAUGCUAUUUGGUUGUGUCCUGCUUAAGCUUUCCAUUGGUUCCUACUACCACGUGGACAACCUAUGGCUGAUACAUUGACUCUCAACUCGGGGGAUCUCCAUCACUUAAAAGUCAUUAGCGAGGUGAAAACCUACAGCAAACAAGUUGGAUGUCAAUUAGUGUGUCUGUGCCAAGCCUGUUAAUUGUCUAAAUGAACUGGGCUCUGGUAGGUUGCAUCUGUGGGAAUUGUACUUCUGUGUGCAGGGAUUUAAGAGGCAAGGGUUUGAGUGCUUUGACAAUCUAUUUAGAAAACACAGUGGUUUCAGAGAGUGAUGUGAAAGGAGACUGUUAAUACAGGUUGUUCCUUAUGGAACCUUGAAAUGUACUAAACGGGGGAGGCAUUGUCUCUCAUAAGUCAAAGUUAAUGAUCCUUUCAAAACUUUGCUGUAAUUACUCUCCUGAAUGUUCUGGAUACUAGUGAAGGGGAAAAAAAAAAAAUCUAUUUUUUGCCUGGUGUUGCAAUGAGAGAGCUGCAUCAGCCUGAACUGUAGCUCCACUGCCUGCCAGAGACCAGGUGAGGGGAGGAGUCUGAGAGCUUGGAAUUCACAGAUGCUCUUGUGCUUGUUUUAAAUGUAAAUGAAGAAAGCCGAGUGUGUCUGUUUUGUUCUCUUGCAGAUGGCACUUUAACAAGUAUAUUUUUGGUAAGAUUAGGGAGGAGAGUCAGCUUUUCCUCAGCCCUUUUAUGGUAGGCAUUUGUGUUUUGUAUGAAAUGUUAAAUACAACAGUCACUGAGAUGCUCAACUGUGGCUGUGGUUGGCAGUAUCUAGUGGACCCUCAUCUCCCUCAUCUGUUCCUACUGAACACCAAAACCAUGAGCACUUGACAGUUAAAGUGAAGCUCUGUAUUCUGAGGCUGACACAAUCCUCCAAGGCCAGCCCAAGCAACUUGCUGACUGUCACCCAUAGAAUCCCCUGACUGUGUUUGGUAACCCUCUUGAACAUGAUGGUGGUAGUGGAGGGUUGGUUGUGUAAAACUGUAGCUGGGUUCUUUGGGUAACUUAUUUUUGUGAUAGAAAAAAACAGAAUGCAGCUGCUGCCUGUAAAUUCACACAGUCUUGCCAGUUCCUUGUGUUAGUGGUGGUUUAACUCUUUCAGGAUGUAUUGGAGAGGAUGAACAGCA